AUGGCCCUGAGCAGCCCUAGGCCCACACCGCCUGGGGCAUCUGCGGAUGCCCCUGCCCCUCACACACACGUGGGGAAGCUGAGCAGACACCAGCUAGGGCAGACACUGGCCCAGAGGACCGGCGUCCACGCCAGUGAGCGGCACGCGGCCAGGGGCACAGCCAGCCACGGUUACCCGCUCCGGUGGCCCCAGGGGGCGCUGGCCUGUCCCGGGACCGGGCCUCGUGCCGGAGCGCCAGCCCUGCCCCCUCGGCCGGGAAAGCUCCUGUUGCUCCGCGGGGCAGCUUUAGAAAGCCGGGCCCAGGCUCCUGAACCCCUGGCCCCCGUACAAGACGCCGCACCAACUUGCAAGCCGGGCCAGGGGACCAGCUGUGGGGGAGGGCAGUACAAGGGGACUCUAGUCCCCGCAGAGGCACAAUCGGGGCCCCCGCCCAGGGUGUGCGCACAGGUGAACACACGCGUCUCUAUCCCGGGGUGGAAGGCCCGUCCGGACACCUCGGGAGAAUGUGGGAUUGGCCGGCCGCCGCUGGCACACCGCGGAGGAGAGCCGACCAGCCAGCCACACAGACGGACGCCAAGGCGCGGCCGGCCAGCCCCCGGAAGCCACCCCGCCCCCACCCCCGUCAGAGACCCGCGCCGUGCAGGGAGGGGGGCGGCGUCCCCCGGGAGCAGGCCGUGCAAUGAGCUCCGCGUCCGCCCGGACGGACCCCACCCCUCGGGAAGUCAGUGCACACCAGCCGCCCCCGGCCACGGCCGGCCGCAGCCCCGGCCUCUGCCGGUGACAUCUUGCUCAUCCCGUGACCCUGAGGCCGGGAGGGAGCGGAGCCACGGGGCGGGAGGAGACCCAGGGGUGGACGACGCCUCACUCACCCCCUUGCAGGACGUUGGCGUGGAGGAAGCGGCAGCCCCGGUCGGGCCCUGGGCUGUGCAGCGGAGGAAGCGCGUGGCGGGGGCCGGCCGGCGGCGGGGGGGCCAUCCCGGAGGGGCCGGCCGGGGCCGCGGGCCCAGACUAGCAGAGAGGGCCGGCCGUCAGCAGGGGCGGGCGGAGGCUGCUCGGAGGUCCUGCUGCUCCCGGGCUUCCCGGCGGCGCUUGCUGGAAAGGACUGCGGGCCUGCCGCACGUGGCGCACCUGGAGCAGGCAAGAAGGGCCGAGUCGGGGAGGGAGGCCCGCCCGCCCCCCGGCGAGCCCGGGGUGGGAGGGGCAGCCCCCCGGGAGCUCCACCGCCCCGACACAGCCAUGCCACCCGGAAGGGGGCCGGGGGCCGCUGUGGCUGCGGGUGGGGACGCCCCAAGCUCGCCAGGAGGGCCUGGGGAGCUGCAGCCCCGUGGACGCCCUCGGCCUUGCUGCGACCUGGGGGUCUCACUGCGGUGCCACUCUGGGUCAGAGGUCAACAGCCCUUUCGGCCUCUGGUCCCCACGGCGAAGGGAGGGCGAAGGGAGGGCGGGCCCUGCGAUCGCCCAGAGAACCACCUGCCGGGAGAAGCCUGGCCGGCUGAGUCGGGGCGUGGCCGCCCGGCACCGUGAGGUCAGCCCCGGGCGUGGCCCCCACCGCACCGGGGUCCCCGCGACCCUCGCUCCCGGCCCUGGUGCGCCAGGCCCGGCAGGAGCAGCCGAGGGCCUGCGGCAGGGGGGACCCCCCCAGAGGCUGCUGGUGGGAGCGGCCCGGCCCACUGGCUGUGGGGACCCCCUCGGGGCCGGCCCGGUCCUCCCCACGCUGGCCACGGGGCUCGGGCCGGUCCGUGUGCCCGGGCCCCACACGAAGGCGCUGGCAUCUGUCUUGGCUCCUGCUUGGGCGCUGGUGGCUGGCCCCGGCGGGCUGCCGUGCGUGGGGCCAUCUGGGGCCAAGCCGGGCACGGGGAGGAGAGGCCCCCAGACCCUGCUCCCUGCCACCCGGGCGUCAAGCCCAGGCCCCGAGAGCCUGGCCAGGGCCCAGGCUCUGAGGGUCACUCCCGGGCUGGCGGGCUGGCUCCAAGAAGCAACCACCACUGCCCCCACGCCCAAACUCCAGAGGGCACCGCACCCCCCGCCCCCCGGACCCCCAUCGCCCCGGGCCCGGCCGGCACCCCUGCCCACUCACCCGCACGCAGCUCCUGUGCCCCAUGCCCGAUCCACAGAUCGCCUCGGGGUCCACGCACCCACAGAUCCACAGAUCGCCUUGGGGUCCACGCACCUGAGCCCCACAGAUCCACAGAUCCACAGAUCGCCUCGGGGUCCACGUGCCCGGGCCCCACAAAUCCACAGAUUGCCUCAGGGUCCACGCACCCGCACCCCACAGAACCACAGAUCGCCUCGGGGUCCACGCGCCCCACAGAUCGCCUCAGGGUCCACGCACCCGCACCCCACAGAACCACAGAUCGCCUCGGGGUCCACGCACCUGCGCCCCACAGAACCACAGAUCGCCUCGGGGUCCACGUGCCCCACAGAUCCACAGAUCGCCUCGGGGUCCACGCACCCCACAGAUCCACAGAUCGCCUCGGGGUCCACGCACCCCACAGAUCCACAGAUCGCCUCGGGGUCCACGCACCCCACAGAUCCACAGAUCGCCUCGGGGUCCAUGUGCCCGGGCCCCACAGAUCACCUCGGGGUCCAUGCACCCCACAGAUCCACAGAUCACCUCAGGAUCCACGCACCCCACAGAUCCACAGAUCCACAGAUCGCCUCGGGGUCCACGCGCCCCACAGAUCCACAGAUCGCCUCGGGGUCCACGCGCCCGCACCCCACAGAUCGCCUCGGGGUCCACGCACCCGCGCCCCAGCAGAGAGUGGCACCGGAGAGAACACGCGGCGUCGGCAUCAGCUCGUUCCUCAGUGUGGGGAAGGACACCCCAGGGUCACUCGGCCACGAUGCCCACGAGCACCUCAACCCCAGGAGAGGCCCCGCACCCCACCUCUGCCUUGACAUCCUCCCCCCACCGCCUUCCAAGCGGAGCCCACAGAAGUUGGAGGAAAGGCGCACACCACACGUGAGGAGCAGCAUGUGCAAAGGCCCUGAGGCGGACUUCACCUGCACAGGAGCUGAAGCCGGCUGCCGCCAGGAGCCAGCAGAGGCCUCCCCACGGAAGAGUCUGGGGAAACCCAUCUCCAUCCUCCUUUCCUCCUUCGCUGGCCUUCUGUCCCCAGAAGAGACUGGGGGUAGCACCCCGCCCCUCUGGGUGGGCGCCUUUGUCACCACCACCAGAGGCCUGGCAGCAUUGAGCCCUGUCCUUGCCCACCGCGAGGCCGUCAUUUCCUCCUGA